AUGUCGUAUUAUGACAUAGAUGCCAUUCUAACGGAUGCAGAGAAAAUACCAUGCGAGUUUCAAAUUGACGUCCCUGGCCUUGGUUACUUAGACCAGACCCCAUCACACUCCCUCCGAAGAGGCACCCGUCUUGGCCUCCCGCUGUGGCUUGCCGAAAUGCUAGCUUUAGCCCAUAGUGCAUCUGACGACAAUCCACCCUUCCUUACCCUCAAUCUUCCACCUGCUCUGACCAACGACGUUGUCCAGGCUCUAAAGGCCGACCCUCGUUCGGUCCCCCUCCGCGACCAGUCCGCCCAUUUCUACAGCCUAGCUACACGCAUACUCGACCUUUUCGAAGAGCGAGACCUAGCCGUCGUCCUGCGCACUGCUUUUGUCGGACGAUCCGCAGAGAUCGGCUUGCACGCUCGCAAAGUCGGGUAUGGUUCAGCAGGCGGGGGUAGCGGGAGCGGCAGCAAUACGUCGAACGGCGAUAAGAAGGAUGACACGAACAGUAGCAACCUAGGAAUUGGAUCCACCGGGCAAGAGUUUCUUCGAGGCCUCGAUGAGUGGGAGCGGCAGCUCUUCCGACACGCACAUGAUGGGGCAAAGUCCGGGCGGGAAUUUUUAGACAGUGUCAAGCGGAACUAUUGA